AGCUGCACUGGCUCCAUUUUCCAUAAGAAAAAAGAGCGUGAGACUGCGAAGAACUAGCUCCCCUAUUCUAGACAAAUUUUUCCACGACAAGCAUGGGGCUUGUGCAGAAAGUGCUCACAGCACUGGCCCUUUGGUGCCUGAUCAUCAACACCAGGGAGAUAGCGGCGUGCACUGCAGCAGAGAGGGGUGCUUUGGUUGCCUUCAACGCCAGCAUCAACGAUCCUUAUGGAAGGUUAAGUUCAUGGCGAGGCGAAAAUUGUUGCAGCUGGAGCGGGGUUAGAUGCAGCAAGAAGACCAGCCGUGUCAUCCAGCUCGACCUUGGCGAAUUCGCUCUCCAAGAAUUCAUAGGCUCCUUCAAGAUGUUGAGGUAUCUUGAUCUUUCGGGUGCCCAUUUUGGUGGCCCAGUCCCUCCUCAGCUUGGUAAUUUAUCAAGGCUCCAACAUCUUGACCUAUCCGGUUCUCAAAUGACAACUGUCGACAACUUCCAUUGGGUUUCAAAACUCACUUCCCUGAGGUAUCUUGACCUCAGUUGGUUAUAUCUUGCUGCCUCCUUGGAUUGGCUGCAAGCUGUGAAUAUGCUUCCCUUGCUGCAAGUGCUUCACUUGAAUGAUGCAAGUCUUCCUGCCACCAACCUCAAUAGUUUUCCUCAGGUCAACUUCACCACCCUUAAAAUACUUGAUCUCAAGAGUAACACUAAUCUGAAUUCUUCCUUGCCAAGUUGGAUUGGGAAUCUAUCUUCCCUUUCAGGGUUGGAGCUAUCUAGCUGUGAGCUUUCAGGUGUGAUUCCCGAUGAGCUUGGAAAACUGACAUCACUUAAGUUUGUCGGACUAACGGACAACAAGUUGGAAGGAUCAAUACCAAGAUCAGUAAGUGGUUUGUGCAAUUUAGUACGCCUCGAUUUGUCUGGAAACCUUUUAUCAGGAGAUAUCAGUGUCAUAGCGAAGACUCUGUUACCCUGCAUGAAGCAGUUGCAAAUCCUUGACCUUGCUGCUAACAAGUUAAAAGGAAAUCUAUCAGGCUGGCUUGAGUAAAUGGCUAGCUUAAGAGUUCUUGAUCUCAGUAAGAACUCACUAUCUGGAGAUGUACCAGCCAGCAUGGGCAAGCUAUCGAACCUGACACACUUGGAUAUUUCCUCUAAUUCAUUUGGAGGCACGUUAUCAGAACAGCACUUUGUCAAUUUAUCAGGAUUGGAUACUUUAAUUUUGUCAUCAAAUGCCUUGAAGAUUGUCAUGAAGCCCAGCUGGGUGCCACCCUUUCAACUCAGAGAGGUAGGAAUGCAUACUUGCUUGGUUGGGCCACAAUUUCCAACUUGGCUGCAAUCUCAAACUAGAAUCGAGAAGAUUGAUGUAGGCAGUGCAGGCAUUAGUGGCAUGUUACCUGACUGGAUCUGGACCUUCUCUUCAUCGCUUACAAGCUUAAAUGUGUCAACAAACAACAUAACUGGGAAGUUGCCAGCAAGUUUGGAGCAAUUGAAAAUGCUGACAAUUCUGAACAUGAGGUAUAAUCAACUUGAGGGAAGAAUUCCUGAUUUGCCGACUGGUGUUCAAGUAUUGGAUUUAUCCCACAACUACUUGUCUGGAUCAUUGCCACAGAGCUUUGGGGGCAAUGAAUUGUAUUACCUGCUGCUUUCAAACAAUUCUCUUAGCGGAGUAAUCCCAACGGAUUUAUGCAACAUGGUAUCCAUGGAAGUUAUUGAUCUCUCCAGUAACAAUCUUUCGGGGGAGCUUCCUGAUUGUUGGAAUAAGAAUUCGAAACUGUAUAUCAUAGACUUUUCAAGCAAUAAAUUAUGGGGAGAAAUACCAUCGACCAUGGGUUCUCUAAAUUCUCUCAUCACAUUGGAUCUCGGCAUGAACAACUUAUCUGGGAUCUUGCCCACCUCACUCCAGUCAUGCAACAGGCUGGUGUUACUUGAUCUUGGAGACAAUAAUCUGUCAGGAAUACCAAAAUGGAUU